AUGUGCCGCUUGCUCUUGGACUCUGGCGCAGACCCAGACAAGCCCGACCUGAAAGGCAGAACGCCUUUGGCGGCGUCCGCUUCCUCGGAAGAGCGGAAGCGUCAGAGGAGGCGAUCGCCCCCGCCACAGUGGCUGGGUGACCCGAGCUCUGUGGCGGAGCUUCCUGGGCGUGCACUAGGUAGCCCCAACACAGCUGCAGACGCUCCCAGCACGGAAGGUGAUGCACCAAGUCCUACCACAGAGAAUUUCGAGAGUCCAGGGAGCUCCCAGCUGUCUCCCCUGACGGGGAAAGUUCGCUUGGGCACAGGUACCCACAGCGAACGCGACCCGCGGAGCCCAGCAACGGUCGUCCAAGAGGACAUGAGCCCGGAUCAAGGAAGUGUCUUGAGGCUGGGCUCGCCUUCGAAGGUCCCCGGCAGUGACCCUCUGUCCUGGGGCAUGGACGAAAACACCGAGCCCACUGAGAGGAGGAAGUGGCUCUCGUCUGAUGCUGGGGACAAUUCUACGACGCAGGAGGCGACCCUGUCGACUCAGCCACGUGGAGGCUUAUCCACCAUCCCGUCGCAACAGUCCCUGGACAAUGACACCACUUUGUCCGGCACUUAUCAGAACGACAACUUCGCAUCGAUGACCAGAGGAAUCUGCAGCUGGUGGCACUCGAAGGCCAAGGGCGACGAUCGGAGCCUGGACGGAGAGGGAUGGCAAGAAGGUUUGAACAGGGGUAGAUUGGGCUGUGCCCACCAGCGAGCACAUUCCACGGCCGCAAUGUCGUGGGCAGCUUCGCAGUCGCAAGAGCUGCGAGAGAUGGGGAUCGGCUAUGUCGGUGACCUCUCCGAGGGGACGAGUUUCAUCGGUGAUAAAGUGAUCGGCUUCAAGUGGGGCGUGGACCGCGAUGCCCUGGGCAUGGCCGAAACAGGACAAGCCCGCCUCAAAGUGGUGGACAUGAAGGCCGUUGCCGCCGAGUGCAUCGCAAUGACGCUCUUCGUCGUCAUCGGCUGCGGCGCGGCGUGCGCGAACGGCGCCGGCGACAGUCCGAGCCGGUUGAUCGUGGCUUUGGCCUUUGGCAUGGGAAUCCUGGUCCUCGCAUACUCUGUCGGACAUCACUCCGGGGGGCAAAUCAACUGCGCGGUGACCCUCUCGCUCGUUCUCGGUGGCCAGGUUCCAUGGUACCAGGGCCUUGCCAACUUGCUCGCGCAGCUAGUCGGCUCCCUUGUGGGUGCCGGACUCCUUUGCGCGGUCUUCCCGUGCGGCAAUGACAUGACUGGGGGCGUUGGCACCAAUGUCAUCAACGACCGCUUUGGUGUCGGAAGCGUAUUGGUCGGGGAGAUGCUUGGGACCUUUAUCCUCUGCUUCGUGGUUUGGGAAACGGCCGUCUCCCCUGCGGCCUCCUGCGGGAAGAACGCCUGUAUCGCCAUUGGCUUUGCCGUCUUCUUGGCCCAUGUGAUCCUCUUGCCCGUCGACGGAUGCUCCAUCAACCCGACUCGGUCCUUUGGUCCUGCCAUCGUCGGCGCAAUACGGAGCUGCAACGGCUACAACAGCUCAGCGGGACUCGAGGACCUCUGGGUGAUGUGGGUGGGCCCAUUGCUUGGAGGGGCCUUAGCCGCCCUCACUCACUUGGCGUUCAAGCCCAACCCCAACAAAGUGGUCACAAUGGACGGCUAG